AUGCAAAGUAAUAACAUUAUUAAGAUGGAUAGAUUAUAAACUAAUAACUAAGAAGGGAGAAGGCACCUUUUCAGAAGUUAUAAAGGCUUAGUCUAUAAAAACAAGCCAAUUGGUUGCUAUUAAAUGCAUGAAACAAAUUUUUUAAACUAUUGACCAAGUAUUGAAUUAUUACUAAUUUUGGUUAACAAACUGAAGGAAAUUCAAGCACUGAGAAAGUUGCAAAAUCAUGAUCAUAUAAUAAAAUUAAUAGAAGUGCUCUAGUAAUAUUAAUUAAUAAUAUAUUUAGUGAUGAACCCACUGGGAGAUUAGCUCUAGUAUUCGAAUUAAUGGAGCAAAACCUUUAUGAACAUAUCAAGGGUAUCAAUCUUGUCUUAUUAAAUAGGUCGAAAAGUACCAUUAAAAUAAGACAAAAUUAGAAGUUAUAUGUAUUAAUUGCUCAAAGCAAUAGAUUUCAUGCACACAAAUAACAUCUUUCAUAGAGAUAUUAAGCCGUAAGUAUAUUCUCAAAUAUUUAGUGAAAAUAUUUUACUUUUAGGUGAUCAUCUAAAAUUAGCCGACUUGGGAUCAUGCAAAGGCAUUUAUUCUAAGCACCCAUACACAGAAUAUAUUUCCACUAGAUGGUACAGAUCCCCUGAAUGUUUAAUGACAGAUGGGUAUUAUGACUGUAAGAUGGACAUUUGGGGUGUUGGAUGUGUGCUAUUUGAAAUUACUGCAUUAUUCCCUUUGUUUCCUGGAAGUAACGAGUUAGACUAAGUUCAUCGGAUUCAUAACAUAUUAGGCACUCCAAACCCAAAGGUACUUGAUCGCUUCAGAAAACAUGCAUCUCAUAUGGAAAUUAAUUUCCCUUCAAAAGCAGGAACUGGUUUAGAAAAUCUCAUUCCACAUGCUCCCAAAGAUGUAGUUGACUUAAUUAAACAAAUGCUUAUCUAUGAUCCUGAUGAGAGAAUCAAUGCAAAAUAGGCUUUAAGACAUCCAUAUUUUAAGGAAUUAAGAGAUUAAGAAUAACAAAAACUGUUAGAAACCAGUCUAUAAUCAAUUAAAUUGUUGAAGAAAUAGUAUAUAUUAAAUUAAAUUCAAAAGAGAUGAUUCCCUUAUUGAAGAAGACCAAAAUACAUCUCACAUUAUGCAUAAAAAGACUCUACUCAAUCAAACUAAUAAAAUAUUACAGAACUCCUUCAAAACUAGAAAUUAAUAAUUCUUAGACUCAGUUAAAUUGCCUACACUUACAAAAAAAUAAGCAGACUUGAAAAAAGCGUAUGGGCCUGUCCAUUUUUAGAGUAUUACUAAUUCUAUUCAUUAGAUAAAGAAACAAAAAAGAAGUCUGUAUAAUAUGAAUAUGUUUUAUAUGGUAAAAAAGCAAACUUAGGUAAUUUUUUAAAUACUAUAAGACAAAAAUGA